GGAUGGGGUGGUGAGAGACUAUUUUUUUCUUUGGACCAAAAAGGCAUCUUCAGAAUAAAGGCUCUCAUACGCUAUUCCUCUCUCUUCAUAGUGACUUUUUGGUAUCCAGUUGGGCCUUCAUAUCUCUUUCUAGUGUCUAUGCUAGUCCCAUCAUCCAAACUCCAAAGUCAACAAAGUUUUCAUUAAAUUAUGUUGAGGUGUCUGUUAGUUGAGACCUACCAGGAAAAAAGGGUUGGUUUCUACUGUACCAAGAAUCUGAAAGCCCUUUAUAUAAUUAUAUUGUUUUAGACAAUGAUUUUUCCUUAUUUCAGAUUCAGGUUAGAAUCCACUUUUCAACGGUGGCAGUUGGCUUGGUUUUGGAUUUUAGAAAAAGGAGUUCAACAACAUUGCUCCAUUGUCAACGUUCAACUCACUUGUUGGAGCAGUUGCGUAGAUUUUUGUCUUUACAACCACUGUCCUCUCACUGCAUCAUUGUCAUUUUUCAUCAAGACUUCUGUGUACCAUCUUUUGUUCAGUACUAAUGAUUAUUUAUAUCAUGAAGCUUUACUGCAAAAGCUAGAUGUAGUGCACUAACGUUGGUUUCAAGAACUGCAGAAGACAUAAGAUGUUUCACAACAAUCAAAAGUCUUUUAUGUUGAGUCUUGUUGGCAGGAAGCUCCGGCAGCUCUGCUCGAGGAUAAAGUUGCUGCUGACUUGGAAACGUCCAAGGCCAAAAGUAGUCAUCAGAAGGUUUGGAAAGCUCAACAGAAAGUGCAUGACUAAAUUGCAAGCAGGCACCCGCAAAUCAUCUGGUAAACUGGGUCGAGUUGGCUCUGAGAGGCCGAUUCGAAUUGCAUCAUUCAACGUUGCCAUGUUCUCCCUUGCACCCGCAGUUCCAAAAGCUGAGGACUCGUUUACGUUCUGUCAUAAGCCGGAGGACUACUUGAUGUUCAAAAAUGUUGAUUAUCAUCAUCCCAAGAGUAUACUGAAGCAAUCUCCGUUGCACGCCACAGGGAGAAGUCCCGAGCAUCUCUCUGGGGAAAACAAGUUGCUGAGGCCAAAAUUGAAGGUUUCAAUUAAUCUCCCUGAUAAUGAGAUCUCAUUGGCUCAAACGUCGGGCAUGGUCACGAAAAGAAUCCAUGGAAGUGAUGUUUUGAUGAGGUCCCCAGUGUACUUCCCUUUCAAUAUGAAUAUGAGUGAUGGUAUGUGUGAAGAGACCUCAAGCAGUAGAAGUAUUCUGGAAGUGCUAAGAGAAUUGGAUGCUGAUAUACUGUGUCUGCAAGAUGUUAAGGCAGAAGAAGAGAGAGGCAUGAAACCUCUGUCUGAUUUGGCUGAUGCUUUGGGGAUGAAAUAUGUUUUUGCUGAGAGCUGGGCUCCAGAAUAUGGAAAUACUGUCUUAUCAAGAUGGCCGAUAAAGAGAUGGACGGUAAAAAGGAUUGCGGAUGAUGAUGAUUUCAGGAAUGUGAUAAAGGCCACCAUUGAUGUGCCACAAGCAGGAGAAUUAGACGUUUACUGCACCCAGCUUGACCAUUUGGAUGAAAGAUGGAGAAUGAAGCAGAUAAACGCAAUUAUUCGAUCAAAUGACUCUCCCCAUAUCUUGGCAGGAGGUCUGAAUUCUCUGACUGGAUCAGAUUAUUCAAUAGAGAGAUGGAUGGACAUUGUCAAGUACUAUGAAGACCUUGGAAAGCCUACACCGAGGAUUGAAGUUAUGAAGUUUCUGAAAGAAAAAAAUUACAUAGAUGCCAAGGACUUUGCAGGGGAAUGCGAGCCAGUGGUCAUCAUUGCCAAAGGCCAAAAUGUGCAGGGGACAUGUAAAUAUGGCACGCGAGUAGAUUACAUCUUGGCAUCACCAGACUCGUCAUAUGAGUUUGUUCCGGGAUCAUACUCAGUGAUCUCAUCCAAAGGUACCUCUGACCACCACAUAGUUAAGGUUGAUAUCUUAAUGUUAGGUAGGAGUUCUCAAAGAAGUGCCCUUAGACGACAACCUAACGUCAAGCAGAAAAUUGUAAGAAUAACCCGCUCUUGCUCUUCUAGAGGUCUAUGUAAACUGAGCCCUUAAUUGUGAUCAUGAGUCAUGACAUCUCAUACUUAAAAUUCAUGAAGAUUACAAUUAUCUUAUUGAAGAAACAAACCUAUAUUUAUAUUACAUUUUUUGAGACAGAAAAGUGUAGUAUCCAAAUCCAAGCUUUCCUAGGAAGUGUUGUCAUACACCAGAA